GCGGUUACUAUGACGGCGAGCGCCGGGCCCCGCUCCCCCGGGCGCCGCCAUCUUCUUGUUGAUUCCAACGGCGGGGAGCGGGCGGCGGCGGCGGGCGCGUCGUCGCCAGCCCCGGCUGGGCAGGCAGGGCCGGCCCCGGAGCAGCAGCCACCCAGCAAGGAGCUCCCGGCAGUGACGCGAAACCAACACGGUAGAAUUCUCACUCUGUCAAUGUGACCUUGCUGAGCUUGUCUGGUGUGAGGUGAGGAGAAGCUUGGAGCUGUUUCUGGACCCACCUGCUUACAGGACACAGUCUCUUUGGAUCGCCACACGUUUGUGGAAAGAUACCGAAGCCAUAGAAGUUCUGACGGAGGCCUUGUUUGGGCCAUCACUCAGAUCCUGAUGGAGAAGCAGGCCACCGGGUUUUCCUCACUGUGGCUGCCCGACCACUGCUGAGCUCCACCUCCCAGCCCAUGUGGCUCUCCCCGUGCUUCAAGAGCGCAACUGGUGCCCAAGGCAAUGUGUGUGUCAAACCAUGGAAGUGGGCAAGUGUGGCCAGAAAGCCCUUCGAUGCGGACCCUGGGAGGUCCUGCUGAAGCCUUUUGAGCACCAAGUGGGCGGCCACAACAGCUUGAUGCGAUUUGACGACCAUACUAUCUGCAAGCCCCUCAUUACCAGAGAACAGCGCUUCUAUGAGUCUCUGCCCCCUGAAAUGAAGGAGUUCACCCCUGAGUACAGAGGUGUCAUAUCCAUCUGUUGUGAGCAAAACCAGGAAGGCUACGUGAACAUGAUGUCCUAUCCCUGCGUGGAGAAUGAGGCUCUGGAGCAGGAUGAUCUGCCAGAGUGGGACCAGCCACGACGUAGGCACUCACGUCGGAGCCUUCACAGAUCAAGCAGUGGUGCUGAGCACAGGGAGGAAAGACCCAGCCUGGCCAGUGGCAGCACUGAAAGCAACAUCCAGGAAACAAGGAGUCCCCAGAUGAACUUGCACAUCCAUUCAGAUGUUCCGUUUCAGAUGUUGGAUGGGAACAGCGGUCUGAGCUCCGAAGAGAUCAGCUACAAUCCCUGGAGCCUGCGCUGUCAUAGGCGGCAGCUGAGCCGCAUGCGGGCGGAGUUAAAGGACCAAAAAGUCUACAAGUUCCUGUUGCUGGAGAACGUGGUGCAUAGCUUCAGGUUUCCCUGUAUACUUGAUCUGAAGAUGGGGACCAGACAGCAUGGAGAUGAUGCGUCUGAGGAGAAGGCUGCUCGGCAGAUGAAGAAGUGUGAAGAGAGUACUUCUGCUACCUUGGGUGUGCGCGUCUGUGGGAUGCAGGUAUAUCAGCUGGACACAGGAAAUUACUUGUGUAGGAACAAGUACUAUGGACGCAGCCUUUCCAUCGAGGGCUUCCGCAGUGCCCUCUACCAAUAUUUGCACAACGGCAUGGAGCUCCGCAAGGACCUUUUCCAGCCUGUCCUCGCCAAACUGCGAAGCCUGAAGGCAGUUUUGGAAAGACAGGUCUCCUACCGCUUCUACUCCAGCUCCCUCCUUAUCAUUUACGAUGGGGAAUACAGCAGGGCAGGGAUAUCUGUGGAGCACCAUCAGGAGAUGUGCAUGGAGCGGAUGGACAGCUGUCUCCUGGCAGGCCUUCAGGGUGUCAACAGCAUGGAGUCCAGCUCCUUGGCGCAGCCCAAGGUGGAUGUGCGUAUGAUAGACUUUGCGCACAGCACUUUCAGAGGCUUCCGAAAUGACCCCACUGUUCACGACGGACCUGAUAGGGGUUACUUAUUUGGUCUGGAAAGCCUCAUUAACAUCCUAGAACAGAUGUGUGAAGAAAGCCAGUAGCUCCAGGACGUGGCCUCAUAUGUCACCUGACAGAGCAGACGCGACCACCUGCCACAAAAAAAAGACACCUCUGGUCUUAAACAA